CUUCUGUUUUUCCUUUUUGUCUCUCUUCUCCAAAUUUCUUAUAUUUUUUUUCACAUUCCAGUUCACUUCAGUUUUCACUUUUGGAACCCUUCCUGCUUUUGCAAAUUAGGGUUUCAUUUUCAAUUGAAUUUUUUGGUUAAGGGAUCUUAGAGAGGAAGAGAGAGAAGUAGAAUCCGAACACAAUCUCAUAUCUGAAAGUUUUUUGGAUCAGAAUUCUGCCACUGUUUUUUAUCAUUUCGCACUCUUCCAUCCUCGCUCACCUUCCACCUUAAAUCUGUAAAAGGAAGAGAAGGAGUAAGCACAUCUGUAUCUCAAGGAUAUGAACUCCUUGGCAAGGCAUUUAUCAAGCUUAUUCAGAACUUCAGGUUUCACAACUAAACCCUUCAAUACUGGGCAUAAUCAAAUGCAACAGCUUCAGCAAUGCAGAGGCAUACGAGUGAGGGUCACAAAUGGGAACUUGGAAAUGGCAUUGGCAUUGAUGCAGCGUAAGAUGCAAGGAAGUGGGAUUGAGAGGAUGAUAAAGCAGGAGCAGAGAUUCCACAUCAAAAACUCUGAGAAGCGUGUUUUAGCCCGAAAGAACUUGGAGCGAAGGCUUCGAUCCGAGGAUCUUGCUCAGAAACUUAAAGCCAUUAUGAUCAAGAAAGUCAGGGGUCUAUGAGGAGGUUGCAUUUUGCACAAAAAAUGGUCAUCAUAAGUUGUGUUGGAAUGGAAGCAGUUUUCAAGCAACAGUUGGAUGCAACAUUUUCUUAUGAUAAUUUAUUUAAUAUGCUUCUAGUAUGAUAUGUACUAAAGGUUUUCAAAAGCAUAAAGAAGAGAUGCACUUGAAAUGAGCUCUUUUAAGAUUUUCAAAA